AUGGCACAGUCCUUUUCACCCAGAUCGGCCAGUUUGAUGGCCUUCUCUGCCCAUCGCCGGCAAUCGUCACUUUCAGAAAGUCACAAGCUAAAUCCAAAGCCUGAUCAAUGGCCGACUCAGCAAGGUAGUAUUCUUGUGCAUCUAAGGAGAGUUGGAAGAAAGUAUGGAUGUAGCGUGGAAGAACGGCCCGGGCUGCUGCGGCUUCUAGCCAUUCACUGUGUUGUUCCCUUGUAUUCUCAAUUUGUGGUCGACUCCGAAUAUAGUGUUGCCAAAGACCGGACUGCUUCUCGCAAGUCAUGGUCUUCCUCUCUCCUCCGCGAAAUCCACUCAAGUUCAACAGUCGAAAACACAGUAUUUUGUUCAUUUCUCUCAUCAUCCUCUUUCACCUUUCCCGUUUUCCCUAAUUGUGCUGAGAAGAGACAACCUGCAGCUAUGAAGAGACUUGCAAUGUACUUUGCUUCCAGGAAGCCAUCAUUUAGAUUAUCUAUUACGUGCUGGAGACAUCCGGCUGCCAACAAGGUUUGCCCAGAUCGAAGGGCUUCUGCUGCACAUGGCAAGAGACCACCGAUGAGUCAGAUCAACCAUUACUCACCUGAUAAAUAUCGUUUUAUUUUCCGAGGAAAGUUGAAACAUCGCUUCUUCGAGUACGAAGGAGCACCAGUGUUCUGCAACGUGGAGAUUGCCUUCGGAUGA